CGUUAUUCGUGUUGCCCAAGAAAACUUUUAUGCCUUGUCUUUAAAACCCUUUGCAAAAGCACCAUACGAUUCUCUCUCUUUCUCAUGCUCUAAAACCUGAUUCUUAAACCCCACAUUCUAGUCAACCAUUUGUUCAGUUAUGGCCACUUCUGUGCUUCUUCGGUCUCUAAAGCAUCAGAAGCUUCGAACUUCUUCUUUAGCAGCUUGCAGAUCCUUCAUAGGUGGCAGUGCGAAGACAUCAUUUGCUACCUCUCCUUUUGUUAACAAAUGGGCAUCCUUGGCAAGACCCUUUAGCUCUCGGCCCAUUGGCAGCGAUGUUGUUGGUAUUGACUUGGGUACCACCAAUUCAUGUGUUUCAGUUAUGGAGGGGAAGAAUCCCAAAGUUAUUGAGAAUGCUGAAGGUGCUCGAACCACACCAUCAGUGGUUGCCUUUGACAAGAAAGGGGAGCUGAUUGUGGGAACCCCAGCCAAACGUCAGGGUGUGACCAACCCGUCCAACACAUUUUCUGGUACCAAACGUCUCAUAGGGAGACGAUUUGAUGACCCUCAAAUACAAAAGGAAAUGAAGAUGGUGCCUUAUAAGAUUGUUAGAGGUCCUGCUGGAGAUGCUUGGCUUGAAGCCAAUGGAAAGCAGUACUCACCAGAACAGAUAGGGGCAUUUGUUCUUACCAAGAUGAAAGAAACUGCUGAGGCAUACCUUGGUAAAACAGUUUCUAAAGCUGUGAUCACUGUUCCAGCUUAUUUUAAUGAUGCACAGAGGCAAGCAACAAAGGAUGCUGGACGAAUUGCUGGUCUAGACGUUCAAAGAAUCAUUAAUGAACCAACUGCUGCUGCACUGUCUUAUGGGCUAAACAACAAAGAAGGCCUUGUAGCUGUUUUUGAUCUUGGAGGUGGAACUUUUGAUGUUUCAAUCCUGGAAAUAUCAAAUGGUGUCUUUGAGGUCAAAGCUACAAAUGGAGAUACUUUUUUGGGAGGGGAGGACUUUGACAAUGCACUUCUAGAAUUCUUGGUGAAUGAGUUUAAGAGAACUGACGAGAUUGAUCUUUCAAAGGACAAGAUGGCACUGCAGAGGCUUCGGGAAGCAGCUGAAAAGGCUAAGAUAGAACUCUCAUCUACAAGUCAGACUGAUAUCAACCUUCCAUUUAUAACUGCCGAUGCUUCUGGUGCUAAACAUUUCAAUAUCACACUGACCAGAUCAAAGUUUGAGACUUUGGUGGAUCACUUGAUUGAGAGGACCAAAAAUCCAUGCAACAACUGUGUAAAGGAUGCUGGGAUAUCAGUCAAGGAUGUGAAUGAAGUUCUUCUUGUGGGAGGGAUGACCCGUGUUCCCAAGGUACAAGAGAUAGUUACACAAAUCUUUGGGAAGCCCCCAAGCAAAGGAGUAAAUCCUGAUGAGGCAGUUGCUAUGGGAGCUGCAAUUCAAGGUGGUAUUCUUCGUGGAGAUGUUAAGGAGUUGCUUCUGUUGGAUGUGACUCCUUUAUCACUUGGCAUUGAAACUCUUGGAGGUAUCUUUACGAGGUUGAUCAACAGGAACACAACCAUCCCUACCAAGAAGUCACAGGUCUUCUCUACCGCUGCAGACAAUCAAACUCAGGUAGGAAUCAAAGUUCUCCAAGGUGAGCGUGAAAUGGCAGCUGACAACAAGCUUUUGGGUGAGUUUGAGCUAGUUGGUCUUCCUCCUGCGCCUAGAGGCAUGCCACAAAUUGAGGUGAUGUUUGAUAUUGAUGCAAAUGGAAUUGUUACGGUUUCUGCUAAGGAUAAGUCAAUAGGUAAAGAACAGCAGAUUACAAUCCGAUCCUCUGGAGGGCUCUCUGAGGUUGAGAUUGAAAAGAUGGUCAGGGAGGCUGAGAUGCAUGCUCAAAGAGAUCAGGAUAGAAAAACUUUGAUUGAUAUUAAAAAUAGUGCUGACACAACCAUAUACAGCAUCGAAAAAAGCUUGGGUGAGUACAGGGACAAGAUUCCUACUGAGGUUGCAUCAGAAAUAGAGGCUGCCGUUGUGGAUCUGAGGAAAGCAAUGUCCAAUGAAAAUAUCGACGAGAUCAAGGUAAAGGUUGAUGCUGCAAAUAAAGCUGUUACAAAGAUUGGAGCGCACAUGUCUAAAGGCUCAGGAAGAUCGUCCUCGGGAGGAUAUCAGGGUGAUGAGCAGCCCCCAGAAGAAGAAUAUGAAGAGGUCAAUAAAUAGAAGUUCUUAAAUCCGAUCACAUGAUAUAAGAUAAUACAAUUAUUUUUUUCAUGAGUUUCCAAAAUCCUUUUUCAGUGGUUCUGUAGUUAAUUUAGGGUGGACUUUACAUGAGAAUUUAUUGAGAAGAUUGUCAUUUGUGAAUGCAAUCUUAAAUUGGCCCCGCAUUAAAAUUGAAUCCAUUAGAAUCAAUUUUGAAUUCAUUUUUGCUGCAUCUUGAAGUGGCUUCUGCUAUUAUUUUCACAAAUACAAUAGAAAGUACUCAUGCUAUCUUGGCGAAACUGGACUAAUGGUAACAUAGGUUCAGAAGAUCUUAUACUAUAGCGCCUAAAUUUGGCUUGGGAUCUGCUGUUACUUUGUUGCUGGACCCUGCUUCUUAUAUUGUUGACAGAAUGUUUCAUUAGGUCUAAUGCAUUGGUUUGGUUGCAACAAUUAUGUUUUGGCGAUAAUGUUAUUAGUGAAGGUUACUAGAAUCUUUUUGUAUCUCCUAAUCUGCAUGCUACAUUGUUAGAUUUAGUGGCCAUUUGGCAUGCUUGUCUGAAGUAGUGCUUUAAGCCAUGGAGUUAAGAGUGUUAUAUCAAUUUAGUAACCAAAUUGAUCAAAAAUUUAAAUGUUCAGGGUAUAAACAUGAUAAUUGAAACUUCGGAGACUAAACUGUAACAGGCCAAACCAAAGGAAAUAUUACAAAAUGAGCAUGGACAUUUUGGCCGCUUCACAGUUUUAUCAGUGUAGUAAAUUAUUUUUUGAAGUACAACUAUUUCAAACAACUCCAUUUUCAAAAAGCUGAAAAAUAAGCUAUACCAAACAAACCCUGAUAGUGUUGGAAACUGUACAUUUUUGAAAAUUAUGUGGAAAUCAGGGUAAUAUAUUAAACUGGAAAUUUGUUAUGUUGAACUUACACUGUUUGUGUGCAUGUCUGGUUUGUCCUUUUAGUGCAUGCAAUGUUCCUAUGUUUAGCAGGAAAAUUACCCUUUCCCUUUGGAGUUCUAAUGUUUAUAUCUUAAAAUUUUCUUUGUCAAUGCAUUUACAAUUUUCGCUAGAUGUAUACGUUUGUGAUAAACAUUUGUGUCUAAGUUACUGACCGAACUUAAUAAUGCAUAAAAAUCAAUAAUUGACUACUACUGCUACAUAUUGCUUUCCAAGGUUUUAAGGACAACUGAAGAAAGGUUAAGAGUUUGUUAGUGUUUUUGGUAUAUUGGGUUUUAUGGGUGGUUCUUAAUUGCUAUUUGUAGUUCAUUUUUGUGGGUCUCUAAGAAAAAGCAAAAAGGAAAAAAAAAAUGAUGUUCAUGCAUUCAAGCAAGUAACAUAGCCACAGCUCAAGUGGAAGAGCAAGUAGAGGUUGAGGUUGAAGAGGGUUACUCUAUAAAUCAAUUCAUUGAUAAGAUUAUUGAGGUCUAUGUGAAUAAGAAGCCACGGACAAAUGAAUAGAGGAAGUAUUUGGUGUCUAGGGAGGAGUGGAAAAAGUAUAGGGAAAGCUUCUACAAUCAACGCUGUUUGCGGGCAGAUGCAGAUCAGCAGAAGGCGAUCCUACCAUGAAGCAGCAAUUGAUUUCCCUAAGAAGAAAACUGAAUAAGGGGUAAGCAUUGCAGAUUGAUGAUGAGAUGGAAGGUCAUAGUGAACUUCUGAAGGAGAUCCAAGACAGCCCAACUUUGAUGCUUGUCUGCUGUCAGUGCUUAUGAUGCCUAUGCAGAUACAUUAGAGAGGCUAAAAUGCAUGCUAAAAGAUAUCAGGAUAGAAAAACUUUGAUUGACAUUAAAAAUCUUGGGUGAGUACCAGGACAUGAUUCCUACUAAGGUUGCAAAAGAUACAGAGGCUGCCAUGGCAGAUUUGAGGAAAGCAAUCUGCAAUGAAAAUAUCGAUAAGAUCAAGGCAAAGAUUGAUGCAGCAAAUAAGGCUGUUGCAAAGAUUAGAGAGCAAGUCUAAAGGCCCGAGAAGAUGAAUAUGAAAAGGUCAACAAAUAGAAGUUCUUAAAUCAAAUCACAUGAUAUAAGAUAAUACAGUUUUAGUAUUUUUUUUUUUUUUUUUCAUGAGUUUCCAAUGUCCUUUUUCAGCGAUUCUGUACUUAAUUUAGGGUAGACUUUACUGAGAAGAUUGUCAAUUGUGAAUGCAAUCUUAAAUUUUCCCUGCAUUAUCUAGUAGAUAAAUUUCAACUUCAUUUUUGUUGCUUCUAGAAAGUGGCUUGUGCUAUUAUCUUCACAAAGACAAUAUAAAGUACUAAUGCU